AUGCCAGAUACUGUAGAAAUAUUGAAGUUGGAAAACUUUACUAAUUUAACUAGAAAUAUUAUUGAAAAGUUAAACAUUUUCAUGCCAAAUAUUAAAUUAUUAGAAGCAAUAUGUAUAAAUAAAGGGCAAUUUAAAGUUCCAGAGCAGGUAAAACUUUUUUCCAUAAGACAAUAUGAAGAUAUGGAAAAUGAAAAUACUGAAAUGCUGAAAAGUCAUGAACAAUGA